AUGUCAAAGCGGCACAAGGCUGUGCUGACAGGACAUUUCAUACGCGCUCACGUCGACGGAGUACCAGCAGACACUGCCAGCGCCAGCCGGACCAACUUCACCAGGAUGCUCCAGGACGCGCUGCUGGAAAUGCGUCUCGAUGGAAAAACGGAGACAAGCACAUUCUCGAGAUCCCCUUCUAGCUCUACAUCUACAGGUAGCAGUGAGUGGCAGAACUCCUCAGAGUUGACAGAUCUGCGCAGCAGCACAUCGUCGAAGCUUUCGGCAGGUGCAGCAACCUCCGAACGUGUACCUUGGGAGAACAAACCCCUGAGCGCCGUCAGCACAAAUGCAGGCGCAACCCCAAGCUUGGACGACCAAAGUCGACUGGAGUUCAGCCCGGCUUCAUUUUCUGCUGCUCCGACACCGUCCCAGGACUUUGAGCGGAACAAAGCGGUCCCGCCCUCUCAGGUGCGAAAAGUCUUUGUGGGUCGCAUCCCGCAAGAUUUGACGCGAUAUGAUUUGUGCGCAACCACGGUCUUCGUUGGCGGUUUGCGCAAAACCACUCGUGCAAACAAGGUGGCCGCCCAUUUUGCGAAGUACGGUCAGGUGGACAGCGUUGACAUAAAGCGCCUGCCAGACGGAACAUCUCGUGGGUUCGCGUUUGUGAAGUUCACAGACGAGGAGUCAGUUCAAAAAGCCUUGGAAGCGAAAGACAAUCAUAUGAUUGACAACAAGUGGGUGGGAGUUCGCCCACACAGAGGCCCGCACUCCGGGCGUUUCCGCCGGAGCCCUCCGACGAGACGUGGCUGGGCAUGA